CACUAGCGCCGCGCGCUUUGAGAUCCGUUUUGGCUGGCCACGGGCCUGGCAUUGACUCUAGCGACUGGCCGGCCACAGCACGAAGCUGCCAGCGGCACCCAGGACCACUGUGAUGCGGUAAAAGUGAUCUAUAGGCUGCCCCAGUAAAACAUGGUGGGCUACGGCUUGACGCGCCGCCGCCGCAGAGCGCACCAGGCCAAACAACAAAUCGCAUCGGCACGCGAGAAGCGCCUCACGGACGCCUUUGGUGAGGACGGCAAGGUUCUAGCAAGGGCGCUCAGCAACGAAAAACCGUCCGUCUUCGAGUCCACAAGGCCCAUAAACCAGGCGCCCCCGCGCAAGUUGAAUGAAAAUGAUAGAAAGAGCGUCUCGAACGACGAGUUGAUGAAGAGACUGUCCGUGCCGCCGCCGCCGUCCAUCAACGAGAGAGUAGGGAAAGCUUCACAAAGUCUCGCGGACAUGUCCGGUCCUAGAUUAUUGUUCAAGAUCUUCUCCAUAGUACUGACGGCACAUAUCGUCAUGUCGACGUACCUCCACUUCACGAGGGAGGACCACUUGGACGACCAGGCCUACGACGAGUUUGGCGUCCACUUGUCAGCACAUGACUUGGAGAGAGUGCGGAGAGAUAGGGAGACGGAGGCCAUGCCCACGUUACUCAUGGUCUGUGGCUUGGAGAAGUCCGGCGCGACUUACAUAAGACAGCUGCUGCUGGAUAACCUCGAGAUCGCCCCCUUGGACACGCAUGACAACGACCACCACAACGAGCCCGCGAUGAUGCUGUUGCGGGAGGCGGCCGGCAUCUCUUCAUCAAAUGAUAUCCCGCGGAACGACCCCGCCUAUUUAAUGAGAGAAACCCUAAAACCGGGCAGCGCCGCGGCCAAAACCACACUUGUUGUGCUGGUAGCAAAAGCCCCGGAGGCCUGGGUCGCCUCGUCCAUAUUACGGCCGCACCCGCACUACAAGCCCAUGGCAGGUCGUCGUCUCUCAGAGGACGACAUCGACACUUUAUUGGAGCGGCGCGCGAAAUCCCACAGGGACGCCUUCCGACUCCAGAGGUCCCUGAAGAUGGACGGCGGCGGCUUGGAUGCCGUGGCCUACGAGGACGUUUUGAGAGAUCCCGAGGCGUUCGUCGAUAAUAUAGCAAGGGCCCACGGCUUGCAUCGGAGGAGAGGCGGGCAUUUACUGGACACGCACCAUAUUACGUCGGACGCUAUAUUAAAUACGUUGACCGAAAAGCGCUGGAUCCACGCCGAGGAGAACGCUACUUCUCAUUCGCACAUGCGGUCGCAUGUCCAGGCCGACGCCGGCCACGGCGCCGCGCGUCGGGCGAGGUACGCCCAGCAGGGGCAUUUUUCUAGAAAGGCCUGGUAUUUGGAGCGAAAGUAUCUCUCGGACAUGCCCCGGUCCGCCGUGCAAUUGACGAGACGCCAUUAUGAUCAUGAGGCCGACGCGCUGCUCGGGUUCUCCUACGAGAGGAGAGCUUCUCGUAGGAGUGCGAGGAAGCAGCACCGGAGGCGGAAGCACCUUCGCAAGGUGCUCAAAUUUAUCGACCACCUACUGUACAAGUUCAUGAAGUGGUCGUUGCUUCUUUUGUUGGCGGUCGGCGCCUUCGUGUACUACCGCCUCGAGAUAAACCCCCUACCUGAAGAAGAGGAGGAGGCGAUGCGGCCCGCGGCGCCGCCGCCGCGCCCAGCGCCGGCGCGGCCGCCGCCCACGCCAUCUGACUUGGAACGCAUGAGACGCAACGAAGCAGAACUGCAAGCCGCGCUCGACGAGGCGCGCUUCCACUCGCGGCGGCCGGCCGCGCGGCCGGCGCGGUCUGAACCGGCGGAGCCGGCGGCCUACGAGGCCAUGUGGGGCGCGCCCCAGUUCUCGGACGACUCGUCGGACUCGUCGAGCAGCGACUCCGAGGACGACGUGCCCUUCGACUUCUCGACGGACAGCGACUCCGAGGACGGCGCCUAGUAGUGAUAUAAUC